UUUUUAACAAUUAACUUGCAAUAUCGUAUUUAACGGUUAAAAUAAAAUUUUAUUAUUUAUUAGAUUUAUUAGUGCAAUAAUAAUACCAAAAUCCAGUAUUACUCUUUUUUUGUGUAUAUUUCUGUUUUGAUUUAAAACUUUUACAGAAUGUUUCACAAAAUUAAAGAAUCUUACCACCGUUUCGUACGCUAUAUCAAAUGGUUGCAUAUGCUCUACGAAUUGAAUACUUAUCUUUCCAUGUGUGAACCUUGGGAAAAAGUAUUUUUAAAUUGUUUGAUAGUGGCGUCGUUAUGUUUUAUUUUCUAUUCAACAUUUAUCUUCAUACCUGGCCAUAUCUAUUCACUUAUACUAUAUUUUACGGUGUCGCCGACAAUAAUCGAUACGCCACCGUUGGAAUUGAAUGAAAUUGGAUCAUGAUAAAUAAGAAGUUUUUAUUAGUUUAAGUUAUAAGUUAAUUUGUUGUUAUACUAACAAAAUAAAUAUU